UUCGUGCAAAUGCGACAUUCUCUCUCUGAUUCUCAAUCUGAGUCUCACUCUCACUCUCUCAACAAAAAUGCUGAGAAGAAAGCCAACUAAUAUCGAAGUCAAAAUCGAAGACAAGGAAGAACUCGAGGAAGCUCGCCGCCGCAUCGCCACUGCCACCACAACUGGCGCCACCGCUACCGCCGCUCUCCUUCGUCAGUUCGAUCGCGCCCAAGAUCCCUCUUCCAAAUCGCAUCGCAUCGGCCUUUCUCCUUAAAUUCCCCUCCUCCCUCACCAUCCACUCUCUCUCACAGCUCCAUUCUCCAAUGGAAGUCGAAGUGAAGCUUCGCCUCCCCAACGCCGACUCGCACCGAAGAGUCAUCGCCUUGCUCGCGCCCUUCCAUGCCGCAACCCACCGUCAGCGCAAUCUCUUCUUCGACGGCGCCGAUUCGGAGCUCUCGUCAAAGCGUGCGGUGCUCCGCCUCCGGUUCUACAACGACGACGAGCGUUGCGUCGUUUCGCUCAAGGCGAAGGCUGUUUUGGUCGACGGCGUGAGCCGUGUGGAGGAAGACGAGGAAGAUCUUAACCCUAGGGUUGGUCUUGAUUGUGUCGCGGAGCCUGGGAAGCUUGGGGUGGUGGAAUCUAGGGUUUUGGAAAGGGUGAGGAAUGAGUUUGGGGUGAAGGGGGAGAAAGGAUUCGUGGGUUUGGGGGGUUUCAGGAACAUUAGAAGCGUUUAUGAGUGGAAAGGUUUGAAAUUGGAGGUGGAUGAGACAAGCUUUGAUUUUGGGACUCUUUACGAGAUUGAAUGCGAGAGUGCUGAUCCUGAUGAGGCUAAGCGGGUUCUGGAGGAGUUCUUGAAGGAGAAUGGGAUUGAUUACUCGUACUCCUUGAUGUCCAAAUUUGCAAUUUUUCGUUCUGGGAAACUGCCAUAGUUACUGAUGAUUGAAUCCCGAUCUAGAUUGGUGACUGCACCCGCUUUGUCCUCAAGAGGACUAUUUAUAUUUUCGGUUUUUUACUGUUUAUUUGGCUGAUGAAUAAGCCAUUUGCAUUUGUCAUUCUAAUAAGAAAACUAUUUGUAAUUAUCUAAUUGAAGUCUGAGAUCAUUGCUAUUCUUGCCUUGGUCAAACUGAGUAUGUAUCAAAUUAACGUUGCUUCGUAUAA